AUAAAAAUAUGGAGGAUGAAACGAAAGAGUUUAUUGAUUACAAAAGAUGGUUAAAAAGGAUCGAGACGGACGUGGUAAAUUCAAUUCUUGAGCUUGCUUAUUACUUUUUGUUGAAUACACGGAAGGUUGUUGAGAGAGUGGGUGAGCAUGAUGAAGACACAAG